CAUACCAAUCUUUCACUGGACACGAACGUAUUACCCAACCCUUUUGAUCAUGUUCAACAAAGUGAAGAACCAGGCUGCCGCGGCGGGUCAACAUGCUUCGGCGUUGCUGAAAAAUGGUACGACCAGAGCUUCAGCAGGAGGUUCCAGCUUGAUGCAAAGUUUCUCUUUACCCGGAGAAUCUCAAAAGGCAGCGAAGAUCCUUCAAUCUUUCCUCGCGGAUCCUUCUCACCCUCAAUCAGCGCUGAAUUCCAUUCCGAAAGCUGUCUUGCAACGAGCGAAAGGUCUCGCGGUAUUCACCAUUCUCAAAGCUGGGUUUGUGUUCUCCGGAAAGGCUGGAUCAGGUAUCGUCAUCGCAAGAUUACCGGAUGGAAGUUGGUCUGCUCCGAGUUGUAUCGCUACUGCUGGCGUGGGAUGGGGUUUGCAAAUCGGGGCGGAUUUGACUGAAGUGGUGAUUGUUCUCAACUCUGACGAGGCUGUUAAGGCCUUCUCUAGAGGAGGCAAUGUCACUGUCGGAGGGGGUAUAUCAGCCGCAGCCGGACCCAUCGGUACUGGUGGACAGUUCUCCGCUUCCAUCGCCAACCCAGCGCCUAUGUUUAGCUACUCACGAUCCAAGGGACUAUUCGCGGGUCUGUCUCUCGAUGGUACGGUGUUGGUCGAACGUAAAGACGCCAACAGGGAGUUCUACGGCACCACCAUAUCUGCCGGUGACAUUUUGACUGGUCGGGUCCCCCCACCUGAGAUCGCCAGUCCCAUGUACGACUGUAUUGAAGCCGCUGAAGGUCUUGACGAGUCUGGAUUGCCCUCAGAGGCCUAUGUGCCCGGUGCAACAGGGGAACAUGUUCCUGUCGAUCAUGCCUUUCCAGGCCAGGGUCAAGGACUUGGGGGAAAUAAGACUGUAUUCGAUGCUUCUGGAGCACACUAAUAUUGUUGGAUUGGUUCUAUUCACGGAUGUAUCACGAUCUCUUCCUCUUC